UAACUGAAGUGCACUCCUGCCAUUAUUGAAAACUGGUAGUCGUAAACCCCAACGCUUUGCAGAGAUGGAGGAAACACCAAUGCCAUUUAAAAAUCUUCACAACAGAGAAUAUCAAGGUCACAAGAAGAAGGUACAUUCGGUGGCAUGGAAUUGCACAGGCACGAAGCUAGCUUCCGGUUCAGUCGAUCAAACAGCUCGUGUUUGGCAAAUAGAGCCACACGGCCACGGUAAGGUUAAAGACGUCGAGUUGAAAGGGCAUACUGAUAGUGUGGAUCAGCUAUGCUGGGACCCCAAACAUGCCGAUUUAAUUGCCACUGCAUCGGGUGACAAAACUGUUCGCCUUUGGGAUGCUCGGAGCGGAAAAUGCUCUCAACUUGUGGAACUUAGUGGUGAAAACAUCAACAUCACAUACAAACCUGAUGGGACACACAUAGCUGUUGGUAACAGGGAUGAUGAACUAACAAUAUUGGAUGUUCGCAAAUUUAAGCCAAUUCACAAACGCAAGUUUAGUUAUGAGGUAAAUGAGAUUGCGUGGAACACAACGGGAGAGAUUUUCUUUCUUACAACAGGAAAUGGCACCGUUGAGGUACUGGCUUACCCAUCUCUAAAAGUACUUCACACUCUUAUGGCUCACACAGCAGGUUGCUAUUGCAUAGCAAUCGAUCCAAUAGGAAGAUAUUUUGCUGUUGGAAGUGCUGAUUCAUUAGUCAGCCUUUGGGAUCUCUCGGAGAUGCUUUGUGUGAGAACAUUCACAAAACUUGAAUGGCCUGUCAGAACCAUAAGCUUCAAUUAUACUGGAGACUACAUUGCUUCUGCCAGUGAAGACUUGUUCAUUGAUAUUUCAAAUGUACAUACUGGAAGAACAGUCCAUCAGAUUUCUUGUCGGGCUGCGAUGAACAGCGUUGAAUGGAAUCCCAAAUUCAAUUUACUGGCAUAUGCAGGAGAUGACAAGAACAAGUAUCAGGCUGAUGAAGGUGUUUUUCGAAUAUUUGGCUUUGAGAGUGCCUAACAUCCAGCAGAAUAUUACAAGAUCAGAGAUUGUUGGCAUCCAAAGCAACUAAUUUGAGUUCAUGUUGUGUUACUUGCAGCAGAAUAUCACACGGUAAUAGUUUUAGAAAGAGUUUCAUCAACUGUAUCCUCUACACUGAAUUAAAUUGCGGAGAAUGGUGAUGGGAUUGGAUUGGAUAAUAUUUAUAACAUUCUUAAGAAUGAGUCAAUGUUUUUUAAUUUCUCAGUGCAAGGUGCUAUGAGUUGCGGUGUCUCUGUAGUGCACAAAUGACUCAAAUUGCACCCAAAGAGAAGUAUUGUAACACCAGUAUCUGAACAAGUUCUGAAUACCCUAUGCUUUCCAUGCCCCGAGUUUAAUUGCAGAGCAUGAAAACCGUACUCA